GUUUGGUAUAUCUGUACAAUUCACACAAUGUAUUUAUUAUCAGACCUAAUCUACGACGUUUUCUCUUAUCUAGUUUUGGCAAGAUGGCUACAACUUACCAAUUACCUGAAGUUAAAUAUACUCAAUUAUUUAUCAAUAAUGAAUUUGUUGACAGUGUAUCGAAGAAAACAUUUCCAACAAUAAAUCCAACUAAUGAACAAGUGAUAUGUCAUGUUCAAGAAGCUGAUAAAAAUGAUGUUAACAAGGCCGUGGAAAGUGCUAAGAAAGCGUUUCAAUUAGGAUCGAAAUGGCGUACAAUGGAUGCUUCACAACGUGGUCUUCUACUCUAUAAGUUGGCAGAUUUGAUUGAGAAAAAUGCCGAUUACAUAUCUCGUUUAGAUGCAAUGGAUAAUGGAAAAGCCGUCGAAUCUGCCCUAGGUGAUGUUCUAUUCUCUGCACAAAUUGCUCGUUAUUAUGCUGGUUAUGCGGAUAAAAUACACGGGAAACAAUUACCAGUUGAUGGAAAUAUGGUUACAUUUACUCGUCGUGAACCACUUGGUGUUGUUGCAUGUAUAACACCAUGGAAUUAUCCAUUUGUUAUAUGUGUGAUUAAAAUUACUCCAUGUCUUUGUGCUGGAUGUACAGUUGUAUUGAAACCAGCGGAACAAACACCAUUAUCGGCAUUGUAUUUAGCUGAAUUAACUAAAGAAGCAGGCUUUCCACCUGGUGUAGUCAAUGUUAUUUGUGGAUAUGGUGAAACCACAGGGGAAGCGUUAACUCAUCAUCCAGAUGUCAGGGCGAUUUCAUUCACAGGGAGUACUGAAGUCGGUCAAUUGAUAAUGAAAGCAGCAGCUACAAAUAUUAAACAUGUGAAAUUAGAACUUGGCGGCAAGUCACCAUUGAUUAUAUUUGCUGAUGCGGAUAUUGAAAAGGCUGCUGAAAUUGCCCAUGAGGCUACAAUGGUGAAUCAUGGACAAUGUUGUGUCGCUGGUACACGAAUAUUUGUACAAGCUCCAAUUUAUGAACAAAUGGUUGAGAGACUUAAAAAGUUGGCAGAGAAUCGUAAAGUCGGUGAUCCAUUCAAGUCUGAUACUAUACAAGGUCCACAGAUUGAUGAUGUCCAAUUCAAAAAAGUGAUGUCAUAUAUUGAAAAAGGCAAAGUGGAAGGUGCUCGAUUAGUCACCGGUGGUAAUCGUAUCGGUCAGAAGGGGUAUUUUAUUCAACCGACUGUAUUCGCUGAUGUUAAAGAUGAAAUGUGCAUAGCGAAAGAUGAAAUAUUUGGUCCAGUUCAGUGUAUUUUAAAAUUUGACACCUUGGAAGAAGUGAUUGAUCGAGCGAAUGCAACACAUUAUGGAUUAGGCGGUGGUGUGCUAACAAGUGAUAUGGAUAAAGCGAUGAGAGUUGCUGAAGGCUUAGAAGCUGGAAGUGUUUGGAUCAAUAGUUAUAAUAUGGUUUAUCCACAAGCUCCAUUUGGUGGAUUUAAAAUGUCCGGUAUAGGACGUGAAUUUGGGAAAGAAGCAAUUGAUGGUUAUGUACAAACAAAAGUCAUCUCGAUGCCUAUUUCGGUGAAGAAUUCUUGAGAAUUAAUCAAUUGUCACUACUCCAUCACUGUGUGCUUCGUUCAUACACAGACACAAAUCCAAUUAAAUUUGAUAUUUUUUGCAUAACACGUAUCAUAUUAUGGUCGCUCUUGCUCUCCAUUUUUAUGAAUUCUUGAUUAUUAAUACACUAACCUAAAUAUUUCUGAAGGAAGAAUU